AUGGAGACGAAGAACAAGAAAGAGGAACAGAGUAAUGGCGCUGGGAAUUUGCAAGCUCACUACUUGGUUUGGCACCUCACCGGUGACGGGCUGACGGCGUUUAGGGUUGAAGGAUGGGAUGAAUCAGCUUGCAACCAACCAAACACAAAGUCUCCUCCAAUCUCUUCUAUAAAUAUCAACAAGAAGAUGGAAAAGAAAGACACGGAGAUCAUGAAGAAGGCCAUGGCCAUUGAAGCUAUAAUGCUGAUGUUCAUCAUAUUCAUAGGAGGAGCAAUGGCUAAAUCACCUUCAGUGAUCAUUGUUGGUGCAGGGAUGUCCGGUGAGACAUUAUCGGAUGCAGGAAUAACAGACUUGACAAUCCUUGAGGCGACCGGAAGGAUCGGUGGCCGGAUGUAUAAAGUUCCCUUUGCAGGGUUGCAGGUGGAGAAGGGAGCUAACUGGGUUGAAGGAGUGGGUGGCAAAGAGUUAAACCCUAUGUGGAAAAUGGCUCAAGAACUUCAUCUUAGGAACUUCGAAUCUAACUAUGACAAUAUAUCAGCUAAUUGUUAUAAAGAAAAUGGAGGUUUGUAUGAAGAGAAGGUGGUAAUUGAUGGGCUUGAAACUGUGGCCAAGGUUGAGAAGUCAGGAGAGAAGCUUUCUUCAUCUUUACCUUCAAGUGGGUUUGAAGAUAUCUCUUUGCUAACAAUGCAACGUCUAAUGAAACAGUAA